CCUUUCCCGGGAAAACGUCUGGCCAUUUGGAAUGGCCGGAAACCAAUUCCACAAGUAUUACCGACGGGGUGUGAACCAACAAACAUUGCUUGUGAAAAGAGACCCGUUCUUAACCGUGGGCGAGGGGGUUUCUUGUAAAAAUAGUUGUCCGGAUGGAACUGCAAUAAUCUCUAGAGUUAGAGUUAAUCAAUUCCCCUGAAUCGAGAGGCGCUGAGGAAAUCUUUGACCAAAUUUGUUACAGUUGAGUGUGAAUAUGUAUAGUCCGAGGUGUUUGGAUUAAUUUCAGCAGAAAGGCCGCUCCCGGUACCUGAACAGGUGAGUGACGUUGGAGCUGAAACUACCUACCCCGGGCAGUCCUGUUUACACACAGGGGGCGGAAGCUCAGACCCUCCCAGAACCCGGGCUGGAUCAAAUUCUCAGCCUGGGACUGGCUGGGUUAAACAGAGAAACUCCGCCCCACUUGUUGCGAUGAAAGAAAAAGGAUCGAUCUGGGCGGAAAUCCGACAGAAAGUUUAACGCAGCCUGCUUGUUUUCCUCUUUAGGGUUGCUACAUUGAUCCCACUCCCGCCUCCUCCCGCUGUCAGACCCGUCCUGAGUCGGUCAGAGUUAGUGUGACCCGGACUGCGGCAGUCCCGCUCUACCCCUGCUCACCCGGCCCUGUCCAUCUGUAAUGAGUGACCACUCCCGCCUCCUCCCGCUGUCAGACCUGUCCUGAGCCGGUGAGAGUUAGUGUGACCCGGACUGCGGCAGUCCCGCUCCACCCCGGCUCACCCGGCCCUGUCCAUCUGUAAUGAGUGACCACUCCCGCCUCCUCCCGCUGUCAGACCCGUCCUGAGCCGGUGAGAGUCAGUGUGACCCGAACUGCGGCAGUCCCGCUCCACCCCGGCUCACCCGGCCCUGUCCAUCUGUAAUGAGUGACCACUCCCGCCUCCUCCCGCUGUCAGACCCGUCCUGAGCCGGUGAGUGUUAGUGUGACCCGGACUGCGGCAGUCCCGCUCCACCCCGGCUCACCCGGCCCUGUCCAUCUGUAAUGAAUGACCACUCCAGACUCCUCCCGCUGUCAGCCCCUUCCCGAGCCGCUGAGAGUUAGUGUGACCCGGACCGCGGCAGUCCCGCUCUACCCCGGCUCACCCGGCCCUGUCCAUCUGUAAUGAGUGACCACUCCAGACUCCUCCCGCUGUCAGACCCGUCCCGAGCCGGUGUGAGUUAGUGUGACCCGGACCGCGGCAGUCCCGCUCUAUCCCCGGCUCACCCGGCCCUGUCCAUCGGUUCACAGCCGAGCGGCCUCGGGAGCAGCAGCAUCGACUCAACUCUCUGUACGGGGAGAACAAAUCGGUUCCAGGCCCAUUGAUGUCACACCCGGAUAUCAGACUGUUUUCCCGGGACCACACUGAUCACCAACCGGUUACGAUAUCAGAGAUAAUAGCCAGCAGGUGGUACUUCCUUCCACCCGGAAGGCGGACAAGCAGACGGCAAGCAAGCAACGUCAGUCAGAUUCAAAAUGGACACAGAUCUGAACUCGGCCAUCUCCGCCUUCCUGUCAAAUUGUGAUGAUCACCAACUGUUCCGGUUGACGAGAUUCUACAAGAAGCGACUGGAGCAGGCGAUUGAGGAGGGUGUGGAGGGAGUCGGCUUCAUGUUAAUGGGCGAUGAUCACUUCACCGGGCAAGAGUAUCACAGCGUGACUGAGCUGGCGGAGAAGGGAAAUCGAGCGGGCGCUUCCAAACUCCUCCUGGAUCUGGUGAUGGAGAAGGGCUCGGGGGCCCAGAGGGUGAUGUGGGAAUCCUUUGUGAAAUUACAUCACCAUUUACUGAAGCUUAGCAGAAUACUGAAUGAAAUACGGGAACAUGGUGAUGGCCAGUUCGCCUACAUGGACACUGAGCGGGGUUUAUCUGAAGUACCCAAGCAUCUGAAAGAUGUUCAACAGAAACACAAGGAGACUCUGCGGACACAGACUGAAACACUGAGAGGGAACACGAUCCUGAUGAGGGAGAAGGUGAAGGUUUUCCGGCUGGUCGACCGAUACGCUCAGCUCACGGUCAUUUCUACUGUUCGAGAUCGGACACUGGUGGAACACGAGCUGCUGGCAAGAGGCACAGACCACGAGGAGUGGAGACAGAAACAUCUGCGCAGCGAGCUGGAGAAAAUCCACAUUGAUCAUCUGUUUCACAAUAGUUACUCACAUAGUUUCCGGGACAAAAUGAAAAGAUUCAUCACACGAUCAACUUCGGGAUGCUCGGUAGUAAUGGCCGGAGUCCCGGGGAUCGGGAAAACGACACUGGUACAAAAGAUUGUUUACGACUGGGCCACGGGGAAAAUAUUCCAACAAUUCCACUUUGUCUUCUGUUUCAAAUUUCGGGAUUUAAACUCCAUUAACUGCAGAAUAAAUCUGAUGGAACUAAUUCUGGAUCAGUAUCCAUACUUUGGGAAUUCUCUGAGAAAGGUCUGGAAGAACCCAGAGGGAUUGUUGUUUAUAUUCGAUGGUUUAGAUGAAUUCAAACACAGAAUCGAUUUUGAUGACAGUCGGAGAUACACAGAACCCAAGCACCAGCGCCCAGAUCCCGAGUGGCGGUGCAAGUUGUCUGACAUUGUGUACAGUUUAAUCCAGGGCAAGCUGCUCCCAGGGUGUUCAGUGCUGGUGACCACCCGCCCCACUGUGUUACAUUUGUUGGAAAAGGCGAACAUCAGUGUUUGGACUGAAAUCCUGGGAUUUGUUGGUGAGGAACGAAAGGAAUAUUUCAUCAGGUAUUUUGAAGAUCAGACGGUGGCGGAAGCUGUUUUCAAACACGUGCAGGAGAACGAGAUCCUGUACACCAUGAGCUACAACCCAUCCUACUGCUGGAUCCUCGCUCUGGCACUGGGCCCCUUCUUCUCACAAAGAUUCAGGGACCCGCAGAGAGUUCCCAAGACCAUCACCCAACUGUACUCAUACUAUAUUUACAAUAUCCUGAAAAACCACGGCCGGGAGAUUGAGAACCCCCGUGAUGUGUUACUCAGGGUGGGUCAGAUGGCCUUCAGAGGAGUGUCCGAGAAGAAGAUUGUGUUUACAGACGGAGAUUUGAUCAACUACAAUCUGCAGCCGUCCCAGUUCCUGUCCGGGUUCCUGAUGGAGCUUUUGGACAGAGAGGAUUCUGCCCAGAGCGUGGUGUACACAUUCCCACACCUCACCAUCCAAGAGUUUGUAGCUGCAGUCGUACAAUUCCUGAAACCACAUAGCGGGGAUAUCCUGAAAUUUCUCACUGAAGCCCACAACACGACAGAUGGACGAUUUGAAGUAUUUCUCCGUUUUGUUGCUGGUCUCUCCAACCCAAUGACAGCUCGGGGCCUGGAGGAGUUUCUGGGUCCAUUUCCUCAUCAAACAACCUGCCGGGUGAUUGAUUGGGUGAAGGAGGAGGUUAAACGCCAGAGUAGAAACACGGGUGACACUGGGAGAAAGAGACUCCUGAACACAUUGCACUACCUGUUUGAGUCUCAGAAUCGUGGUCUGGCUCAGGCCACACUGGAAUCUGUGGACACACUUUCAUUCACAGGAAUGACACUGACACCGAUUGACUGCGCGGUCCUGUCUCAUGUCAUCGGACUCUGUGAUACAAUAAAACACCUCGACCUGGAGAAAUGCAACAUUCAGUGUGAAGGAAUCCAGCGACUGGGACCCGGGCUGCACAAGUGCCAGGAGUUGAGACUUGGGAAGAAUAAACUGGGAGAUUCAGGAGUGAAGCUGGUGUCUGCUGCUCUGAGGAACCGGGUGUGUAAUAUACAGGAACUGUGGCUGAACAAAGUCGGUCUCACAGAUUCUGGAGCCGAGGAUCUCGCCUCCGCUCUCAGUACAAACCCAUCACUGACAGGUCUGAGUCUGAGUGGUAACAAAUUGGGAGAUUCAGGAGUGAGACUUGUGUCUGCAUUUCUGAGGAACCCGGAGUGUAAAAUGCAGAAACUGGGGCUGUUCGAUGUCGGACUCACAGAUUCUGGUGCCGAGGAUCUCGCCUCCGCUCUCUGUACAAAACCAUCACUGACGGAGCUAGACCUGAGUGGUAAUAAACUGGGAGAUUCAGGAGUGAAACUGGUGUCUGCGGCUCUGAGGAACCCGGAGUGUAAAAUACAGAAACUGGAGCUGGACGGUGUCGGUCUCACAGAUUCUGGUGCCAAGAAUCUCUCCAACGAUCUGAUUAUAAACGGAUCACUCACGGAUCUGUACCUGAGUGGUAAUAAACUGGGAGAUUCAGGAGUGAAACUGCUGUCUGCGGCUCUGGGGAACGCAGAGUGUAAAAUACAGAAACUGUUGCUGAGGGAUGUCGGUCUCAGAGAUUCUGGAGCCGAGGAUCUCGUCUCCACUCUCAGGACAAACACAUCACUGACGGAGCUGAGCCUGGGAUCAAACUCGCUGACAGACCGAUCGGUCCCCGUUCUCCGCCGCCUCAUACCGACCCUCACGAGUCUGGAGCUGAUCAUUCUGGACGUGAAUCGGUUCAGUGUGACCGGGAGGAAGGAAUUGAAGGAAUGGGGAGUCAGAACCGGACUGAGAGUGGCUGUGUGAACAUCUGAAUGUGCGAAUAUUCCCGACCGCGGGAUGGGGACAUUUUAGCAGAUUCCUCGUCCUUCCCUUUAACUCCCGCAGUUACCAUUAAUGGCCGCGCGCAGGGUGUAAUUCCCAACGGUUUGAAUGGAACUGGCUCCAGUCUCGAACUCGGUGAUGUCGGAAGCGUUCCCGCAGAGACGUAUUUCCGCCUGUUUUCCAGCGGCGCAGCUUCCGCCGGAUGUGCGGGUUCGAGACUCUCCCGGUGAGACCCCGCGGAAUCACACAUACAGGAGGAGCCCGGGGGCCGGGGAUCAGUCUGGCACACCAGUGUCCCGGGAUGGGAUUAUCCCGGGAGAGAAUGCUUUUGCUCCCUUGGCUGCAUUCUGCAUUCUGCAGUCUGGCAGAUACAACGAUGUUAAAUUGACAAAACCCUCGGCAAUGACCUUGGAUUUGCAGCGAUCCCGGACACGGCCCUGAAGUGUGUUUUUAUAAGUAUCGUUUACGCGAUGCAGAGUGACGAUGAUAAACGAGACUGAUUAAUGCACCUGUCACGCAUUGUCGCCGGUCAGUUAAUUCUGUGUGACUGUGAGUGAGUCGGGAACAGUGUGGCGACCCACUUCCUGCGCAGCUGCACUGGGUCACAAAUAGCCAGCGCGCCGGAGUAUCUCUGACGCCAAUUUCCGCCCGGAGACGGCGGACGCUGGGGAUUAAAUACCAGCUCUGCGAAGUAUGAAUAAACUAGUCUCGAAACGACUUACCGACUGCGAGUCGUCGUCUCUAGCUCUGAAUGUAGUACAUCGCUAAAACAGCUUAUUUAUUCCCGCAAGUCAGCAGUUCACAUACUGUUUAAUUUGCAUUUAUCAUGAUGAAAUCAAUA